AUGAAUUCAAAUAAAAAUUCACAAUUAAGUGAAUAUUGCUUAGUUUGUAAUGUACCAACAAAUUCUAUACAUUUUGGUGUUAAUGCAUGCAAACCAUGUAGCUCAUUUUUUAGAAGAACUGUUGUAGCUGGUAAAGUAUAUAAAUGUAGAAAAGCAACGAAAAAUUGUAAUGUAACAAAAGAUAAAAAUCGUAUGUGUCGAUAUUGUAGAUAUGAAAAAUGUAAGAAAAUUGGAAUGGCUUUAAAAAAUUCACCUCAAAUUAAUGAAAAUUCUUUUUAUGACAAUAAUUAUAAUGAAUCAUAUCAAACAAAUUUUAAUACAAAUAAUAUCACGAGGCAAACAAGUGUUAUUAAAAGCACAUUUGAAAUACAAAAUUGUAAAAUUAUAUGUAAUUUUAAUGAAACAAUUAAUAUGAUUAAAACAAUCUUUGAAUGUCCUAUAAUUAAAAGUAUUUCAUCAGAUUCAGUACCAUUAACAAAUUUACAAUUAGUUACUAAAGCCAUUAAUAAUUUAAAAAAUUCUAUGAUUUUAGUAAAAAAAGAAGAUAUGAAAUUUAUAAAUAUAAUUAAUUUUGCAUCAUGUAUAGAUUAUUUUAAAACUUUUAUAAUUAAUUACUCAAAAUUUUUAAUGGAAAUACCAAAUUUUAAUAAAUAUAACUAUGAAAUUAAAAUGAAUUAUUUAAGACACUCAAAUGGAAUAAUUUUUGUUUUUAUAAAACUAUUUAUAUCAUUAGAAUUAUUUGGAUAUAAUAAUAAUGCUACAUUUAUUAUAACUGAUCAUAAUAGUUUUACAAAUGAUGAAAAAACUUUAAAAGAAGAUCCAGCAUUUCCAAAAGAUUUUGCCCAAAAUCUUACAAAAUUAUUUGAUCCAAUUGAAAAAUAUCAAAUAAAAAAUAUAUAUAAUCCUAUGAAACAAAUGAUGUUAGAUAAAUAUGAAGUUUCAUAUAUUAUAUUACAAAUUAUUUGGUCAAAUGCAAAUGUUCCAAAUUUACCUAAUGAAUGUUAUAUAGAAAAUGAAAGAAUGUUAAAAAUAGUUAAUAAUGAAUUACACAAUUAUUAUAUAUGUUAUAAGAAUUUAGAUAAUUAUGCUUUUAGGAUUGUUGAAAUGAUGAAAUUAUAUACAUCUUUAAAAGAUUUUGAAACUCUUCAAAAUAGUACAUGUACAAUUGGGAGAACUUUUAAUAUUUUUGAUUUCAAUAUUUUUGAUACAGAAUUAUCAAAAUUAGAUAUUUAA